GCUCCCGGCACUGGCUGUUCCAGGAGGGGCUCCUGGCCCCCGGCUACCCCCGGCCCUUGGCCGAGCUCGGCCGCGGCGUCCCCGGCGACCGGCUGGACGCCGCGCUGCUCUGGCUGCCCAGCGGACACACCUACCUCUUCCGGGGCGACAAGUAUUACCGCUUCAACGAGGCCCUGGGGGCCGUGGACCCCGAGUACCCCAAAAGCAUCGAGGUCUGGGGGGUGCCCCCCGCCCCCCGCGGAGCCUUCAUGGGCCCCGACGAAGGUGAGCAUUCCCGGGCUUCCCCCCGAGUUCCCGCCAAAAAAACGGCGCAUUUCCCGCCAAAAUCGGCGCAAUUCCCGCCAAAAUCCGAUCUCCCGCCAAAUUCCAGGCAAAAUCGGCGGAAUUCCCCCCCCAAAUCGGCGGAUUUCCCGCCAAAACCGGCGGAAUUCCCGGCAAAAUCGGCGGAAUUCCCGCCAAAAUCAAAAUUCCCACCAAAACCGGCCGAAUUUCCGCCAAAACCGGCGGAAUUCCCGGCAAAAUCCGAUUUCCCGCCAAAACCGGCGGAAUUCCCGGCAAAAUCCGAUUUCCCACCAAAACCGGCGGAAUUCCCGGCAAAAUCCGAUUUCCCGCCAAAAAACCGGCAGAUUUCCCGCCAAAAUCGGCGCAAUUCCCGGCAAAAUCCGAUUUCCCGCCAAAUUCCAGGCAAAAUCGGCGGAAUUCCCCCCCAAAUCGGCGGAUUUCCCGCCAAAAUCGUCAGGAUUCCCGCCAAAUCGGCUGAAUUCCCGCCGAAAUUGUCGCAAUUCCCGCCGAAAUCGGCGGAUUUCCCGGCAAAAUCAAAAUUCCCGCCAAAAAUGUGCGAAUUUCCCGCCAAAUUCCCGCCAAAGUCUGCUGAAUUCCCGCCAAAAUCGGGAUUCCUGCUGAAAUUGCUGGAUUUCCCGCCAAAAGCGGCGAUUUUCCCGCCAAAAUCGGAUUUCCCGCCAAAACCGGUGGAAUUCCCGCCAAAAUCGGAUUUCCCGCCAAAACCGGUGGAAUUCCCGCCAAAAUCGGAUUUCCCGCCAAAACCGGUGGAAUUCCCGCCAAAAUCGGAUUUCCCGCCAAAAUCGGCUCCUCCCGGCCAGCAGGGGGCGCU